AUGAGGCGGGCACAGAAGUGUGAUGAGUAUGUGGACAUGCAGCUCGUGAUUGCGGGGGAGCAGGGAGCAGGGAAGAGAACCCUGCUGGGGCGACUGGCAGGAGAGCACAGGCCACCAUUCCCUUCGAUCUCAGUCUCGAGAGCAGCCCGUGAUUCGACUGUGCUCCAUGUCGAGAACAAGUACUUCAAUGCGGAAGUGAAGGUGAAGGUAGUGCAUUCCGUCGACGAGGUUCGGGAAGAACGGGGUGAGAAAGAGAUCGAGGGCUUGAUUCUCGUCUACGACAGCUCACAGGAGGAAGGCUUUCAGUCCUUUCAGCAAUGGCUUUCCCUACUUGACCAACUUGACCUUGAUCUUCUCAUAUGUGUGGCAAACAAAACUGAUCUCCUCAAAGGAGACCCCAGCGAACUCCUGCAGGAUGCUGAGAACUGGUGCAUUCUGCACCAGAUCGAAUUCGUUCACUGCUCAGCACUUCAAGAUCGUUUCACAUACGAUCGGGACAGUGAGGGCCUCGAUCGUGUUGUGGAAGCUGUUGGCAAUCACACAUGGUCAAACUUGGUCAGGAAGGAGGACAAGAAGCAAGCAGGUCCUCGUCUUGAGAUCAACUAUGACAGGUGGAACAAGUUGCAAGUUGACGAGGAAGAGGAGCGGAGCAGGGGAGAACCAGAGGUGCAACACAGCAUUGCAGCUAGUGCUGCAAGUCUAAGAGAUUCAGAUGUCGUCAUAGAGGCGGACAAACCUCUGCAAGAAGUCGUGGAUGCCAUGCAGCCGACUGAAGCGCAGAAGGAACUGCUCGUAGAGAUCUUCGAGAUGAUCCGACGGCCUGACAUGAAGACUGAGAAUUUCUUUCUUGACUCUUCAAUCUUGGACCAGAUUUCAGUCGGGGCGAACGCUGCGGUUCACAUCAACCGCGCACAUGCCUUGCCGAUCGUGGCCCAGUUCUUAUCCACCACACACAUUGUCAUCAACGAGAAUCUACAUUUGCUACAACUUUCUGUCAGAAACUUCUUGUGGGGCCUGAUGGUGGAGCACCAAGGAGACAUCGGACAGGCUCUCCCUAUCGCCAUUGUUUGGAGCCUGUUAGAAUCUUGUGUUGCUGAAGGAACAAGCCGCUUCUACAUCCGGAUCAUGGAAUCCAAAGAAAACGUUGCGCAAUGGCUGGAAAAUUGUGUUGUUCCUGCUGCACUGAGAUCAAUGCAAAAGGGAUGUCAGAGAACCGAUUACUUUCAUGAGUUGCUUUCUGGAGCAGAGGAGCAAAAGGAGGAGGGCAAUGAACUCUUCAAGAGCAAAAAGUAUGAAGAUGCGCUGCUGAAAUACUCGAUUACAAUAUCCAUGAUGAAGCAGUUCUGGAAUGGCGAGAAGGGAAAGUUUUGGUUGGACAAAGCGCGGCAACUUACUUUGGUGUCUCAUCUCAAUUCAGCUGCAUGUGCUUUGAAGCUAUCCAAGGAACAGAUGCAGACAGCAAUCGAUCACUGCAACAGCGCGCUCUCUUUGGAUGGUAGAAAUGCCAAGGCGCUGUACAGGCGAGCUCAGGCCUUUUUGAACUCAGAGGCCGAAGGAGACGCCAAGGACAAGCGGUCAGAGCGAUCGGGAGGCGACAAGACGCUCCCGUCACGUGAUGCUCUACUGUGUUGGGCCAUCCGAGACCUGGAGAUGGCGGAGGAGAUCCAACCAGGAGACAAGAACGUGCUCCAAACGCUCAAAGACGCCAAGGCUGAGGCUCGAGCCAUCGCUCAGAGAGAGCUUGCCAGCAAGGAGCAGAAACACAAGGAACAUGAGGAUGUGGAUGCUAAGGACGAUGACCUUUCUCAGCUGUUUGGCAUGCUAAGGAUGGCCCGAGAUGAAGUUUCGAACCUCUCAGAUGCAGACAGACGAGAGAAGGCCGCAGCUUACAUGGAGAAGGCGGCAGCGUUGAUGAACUUGGACGGGGAGGAGGACGGGGAGGAAGACGAUGCCUGA